AUGGGAACUAAGAUUCAAGAGCAGGAAAUACUUAUAGAGAUUCUCACAAAACUUUCUGUUAAGUCUCUUUUUCGUUUCAAAUGUGUAUCGAAAUCUUGGAAUUCAUUAUUAACCGAGCCUUACUUUAAGAAGAAGCAUCACAAUCAUGCCAAAAAUCAGCCUGAUUCCCAAAAAUUGUUUACUGGUACUUGCAAAAAUUUCUAUUGCUCUUCGUUAUCCCCAAAUGUUAAUGAUAUACAUACAGUUCCAAAUAUUUGUGAACCAUUCAGUGGUUUUAAAAUAUAUUGUUGUUGUGAUGCCUUGUUUCUCAUCGAGAUGUGGACAAUGUUUUUUCUAUGGAACCCCACCACGUCAGAAUCAGUGGUACUUCCCGCUAUAGAAUCGCCAGAACAGGAUUCAACUUAUGGAUUGGGAUAUGACUCGACUAGUGAUGAUUAUAAAGUCCUUAGGAUUGACAAGGCGGGCAUUGCACUAGAUGAAAUUGUAGCACUAAAAAAUGGUUCCUGGAGAAAAAUUUAUUCGCCCUUAGUUAGUCCUGUCGGCGAUGGCUCCAUUUUGUGUUCUAAGGAAUAUUUGCCCUUUGUAAAUGGAGCCUUUCACUGGCUUGGUAUUCAUCCUUCUCAUAUGAUGUCGUUAAGUAUUUCAGAUGAGACAUAUAAGACAAUACCCUUACCAAAAAAUACGCGUUUAUAUCCUCGAAAAGUGGUGGCUAUCGAAGUGGGCAUAUCUGUGUUGCAGAGUAUGGUUUGUCUUUUUAACCAUGACGAGAUCACUUUUAAUUUAUGGAUAAUGAAAGAGUAUGGUGUUCAGGAAUUUUGGAUAAAGUUACUCACGUUACCAAGUAAUGGGGCUAUUUCCAUUAUACCUAUAUAUAGGUUUCCUGAUGAUAAAGUGCUAUUUCGAUACGAAUAUCUAGAUGAAUUACGAGGAAUAAACAUGAUUUAUAGAACAUGUGACAAUCAAAUAUGGUCCGUUGAUAUUGAUCCACUUUCUUUUGUCAUUGAUGGUUUUGUUUACCUGGAAAGUUUAAUCAAUCCGAGAGAGAUUGAUGCAUAUUCGAUUUCAAAAACAGACUCUCUUGGAAAAAGAAAAAGGGAGGGUUUGCUCGAAUAG